UUUACCACGCUCCAUACGUUAUUAAAAUCAAAAUAAAUUAAAAAAUACGUGAUUGUGGCCAUGCUUGUGUUGUUUUGUGUGUGUAUUCGAACACUAACACUGCAAAAACAUGUAAUAAUUUAAACCGUCAAUCAAGAAAAUAACCGUAUUUCACUACCGGAAACGCGUAUACAUGACGAUGCAUUAAGCGACCAGCUACGGUCGUGGCGACACGAAAAUGACUAGAAAUUAAAAAUGUGAUUAAAAAAUAAACAAACAUGUUCGCGAAAACGGAUCGAUUCUGGGAUCGGAGAAAGUUUAGAAAUUCACGAUGAUGCCGCGUUAUCGAUUUUUCGAUUCGAUAAAAUAAAUCGAUUCCUCUCGACUUAUCGCUUAGUUAUUGUGUUGCAAUUAUGUUAAAUUCUAAAGCAAUAUUAGGUUAAUUUGUAAAUAAGUGUAAAUAUUUCGGACACCAUUCCGUUCCUAGGCAUAACGGGGCCAAAAUCACGUAGCUAGAAUCAAAAUGCUACCAAAUAUAACGUUUGGUAGAACGAUGAGUUGGAAUGAAACGAACUCAACACAUUUAAUACCAAGUUACUUGAGCCAAGAGGAGUUCUUUGCGUUGCAAAACGGAUCGGAUCUAAAUUCGACGAUAAACGACACGCAUUUUGUGCUGAAGACUUGGUAUCCGAGUGGAUAUUCACCGGCGCAUAUAAUAAUCGCGUCGGUGGUUGUAACGGUUCUUAUGAUUAUGGUGGUAGUAGGGAACAUGUUGGUGAUUAUUGCAAUAGUGACUGAAAAGGCGCUGAAGAACAUACAAAACUGGUUCAUAGCGUCACUGGCUGUGUCAGACUUCUUUCUGGGUUUAGUGAUAAUGCCAUUUUCGCUCGCGAAUGAGCUUAUGGGUUACUGGAUUUUUGGGUUUUGGUGGUGCGAGAUACAUUCCGCGAUGGAUGUGUUGUUGUGCACCGCGUCUAUUAUGAAUUUGUGCCUCAUAUCAUUGGACCGCUACUGGAGUAUAACACAGGCGGUAGAUUACCUGAAAAAGCGGACACCUGCGCGUGCGGCGCUCAUGAUCGCAGCAGUAUGGCUCAUGAGCGCCCUUGUGUGUAUACCGCCAUUACUGGGGUGGAGAGUUAGCAGACCUCCUGAGCAGUUUCCACAGUGCAAGCAACCACAUCAGCAGAUAAUGCCGUCAGCGAUGAUGAACUCAACAUUCGAAGAGAAAGUGGAAGAGUUCAGUGAGGGAUGCAAAAUGGGGCUCCGGCUGAUAACAGUAGGAGAACAGAUGAGUUUCUUAAUGAACAUAUUCCUUCCUGGAUCGGCACUUUUGGUCAAAUUAGAUGGCCACCAGAUCUAA